AUGACCUUCUAUAGUGCAACUCAGUCAGGUGGGUAUCCUGCUUUCAUGAUGGUUUUUUUGCACAUAUCCAUCGUUCAAGCACUUCUCAGUCCGGUCUCCAAAUAUGUUUCGACCCUUGUUGGAAUUAUUGGAGGGGUUGCUCUUGGAGUUUUGGUUAUCUGGCUAUUGGUCGUCCUGACACGCAAACUGAAGGCAAAUGCCUCACCCCGUGGGACCUCCGAAUCCGCCCUUAUCCUAAACCCAGACCAAAUACGAACUGAACUUCAGGUGAGGAACUCAUUUGGACUGACUGAAGAGGAUGAACAGAGAGCUCAUACUGUCACGUUAGACAGCGACGCAUUACUAUGUUCCGUCUGUGAAAAAUUGGAUUUUUACCGGAUCUUCUUUGAUGGCAUCUCAGAGACAGAAGAGGUUCCGCUCGAUUCACUAUCAUCCAUCUUACAAAAAUCGUACCAAUGCAAUUUUUGCCGCCUCAUAUCCUUUCACGUCCGUCGAACAUGGAUGUUAGACAAGUUCCCUGACGUUGAUCUCUCAGGAAUUCAAUGUCGGCUGUUUUCAAUGUCAUGUGGUUGUCUUCGGGGGCCCUUCUAUCCCCGACCCAAAUUUCGUUGCUUUCGCCUCCACGGGACUUUUGGGAGAGAUAUCCUGCUUCAAAGGGCGACAGCACGUUCGCUUACCAUAUACCUCAUGCAAGAAGACGCUUUCAAGUUCGGGAGACCAACCGAUCUUCAUAGUCGCAGGGUGAAGAACACUGUGGAUAUUGAUCUGGUAAAGAAGUGGAUUAAGCUGUGCCAGGAGAGCCAUGGGGAUGAAUGUCAUAAUGUGUGGAGAAUAGACCACGGAGAGGACAAGAACUUGCCGGAAUAUGUGAGAUUGGUGGACGUGGUGUCGAUGGCCCUGGUUCCUGCACCUUCUGGCUGUCGUUAUGUGGCCCUCAGUUACGUAUGGGGAGCCGUCAGCACAGAGUAUCGGACGACGACAGCUAAUAUAGCGGAGCGUUCUACUCCUGGCGGGUUGAAUACGGCAGCCUUUCCAGAGACCAUAACUGAUUCUAUUAUAUUCGUUCGACAACUCGGUCUCCGUUACCUAUGGAUCGAUGCUAUAUGCAUUAUUCAGAAUUGUUCGCAGGACAAAACCACUCAGAUACAAUCUAUGGAUUUGGUUUACGGUCUUUCUUAUCUCACGAUAAUGGCCGCUGGCGGCGCGUCGGCUCGAGACCCUCUCCCAGGAUGCCGUCCACGAACUAGAACACUACAGCAGCAUAUUGAGGUUGUUCAAGGCCUUCAUCUCUGUGUGGGACCUCCAAGACUUCGGGAGGCUCUUGCUCUGUCCGUAUGGAAUACGCGUUGUUGGACCUAUCAAGAGAGUGCACUCUCCCGCCGACGGAUAUACUUCACCGAGCAACAAGUCUACUUUGAGUGCCGGGGUGAUAUCUUCUGCGAAGACAUCGCCGCUGAAAGCGAAGGUCAGCAGUUCUCCAAUAACUUUCUUCGGAAUUCGCGCGGAGAAUACUUCCCUCAAGCGGACUUCUUUGGAACUUAUAUGGGGGCCGUCAAAGAGUGUACACGACGCAAUCUCACCGUGGAAUCAGAUGUUAUCGAUGCUCUCACUGGAGUGACAAAUGCUCUGGCGAUAGGCUUUAGGCUCGGUGACCCCGCCAGAGUCUUUUACUGUGGAAUGAUAUUGACAGACUUGCAUCGCGCGCUUCUCUGGCAACACAAUCCACACACACCUCGCGCUCGUCGUUCGCUCCCUGAUGGAAGCAGUUUACCUUUGCCCUCUUGGACAUGGGCUGCGUGGCGUGGCGCUGUUGACUAUAUGUCAGAGCAUCGGUAUCUAGGUAUCGUCAACGAUAGUGGCGAACCGUCAGUAGUAGAAACGUUUGUUAAUUCUUGGUACAUUGUGGACCAUAGUGGUGCUACGGUACAGCUUGAUGUUCACCAGAUUUCCCGGAUCGUUUCGAAUCCCAUGACAGAGGAGGAGAAGCUGGCAUAUUCCCCUCCAUCAGGGAUCUUAGACCCAAUGGAGUUGAUACUAGAUAUGGAUCGACCGCUAGCACCAGGCACCCUCAUUUUCCGCACGACUUCUAGCCACUUUAGCAUUGCACGGCGAGGUAGCGAAGAAAACGAUGAAUCAAAUGCAUGUUUCCACCACGGUCUCUUCGAUAUUCUUUCCACAUCCUCCCCUCCCAUUUGGGUUGGCACUGCGGUCCUGCCAUUGGACCCUACCCCGCCGCCGUCUCUCGAAUUCGUCGUUCUUUCCCGUACCGCCUCGCGCCGCGUAUGCGACGAACAGAGUCUUGGUCAGAAUGAGGGCUUGAUGCAACGUGUUGGGUUGGGCGUCAUUCAUGAAGUCUCCUGGAAUGCUUCACGGCCGGAGGAAAAGAUAGUGUUUCUUCGAUGA